CACAACGCGAAAUGUUAAUGUUUUGUCAAUCGCUUAUCCUUCACGCCAGUUUGUUUUGGGUAUGAAGCUGCUUUUGAUCUUCGAUAGUUUCCGUGUGGUCAAAGGUAGAGUCAUCGUACUUACAUUUUUUUUUGCGUGAGUGAUUAAUUUUGUUUUCUCAAAUUUCGGAAAUCAACAUGCGAGCCACGACCGCAAAUGCCACACCCGCCCCACUUCUUAAACAAGGGUCUCCUGCUUCUCAGACGGAUAUGGAGGAGGCCGCUCUCGCGUUGUUCGCUAAUAUGCGAAAUCUGAUGGAUGAAACCGAAGCGCGUUGUGCCGAGAAUAUCGCGACGUUGCAAAAGCUCAAUAUACCACCUCGGGUAUUAGAAUGGGCGCAAGUACGCAGAGAGGGGUGCGCCAGGUUGCCACCUGGAACACCAGUCAACUUGUGGGGCGCGCCAUUGGGUGCGUCAUUCGAGAAUCCAUCCGCAAACGCCAUGCAUUUUGGCGCGGCACAGAAUAGACCAUCCUCGUCGAGCACAUUAUUGCCUCCAAAAUUUCGUUCACAAGUGGUCCCGAUCGACGAAAUGAACGCCGUGCGAAAACUAAUGCAACGAACGAUCGGUGCACGCGGCGGCGUUCUUCAGGUACUUUUGCAUAUUGGUACUAGCUACGCAAAUCUCAGCUCUUUUAGCAAUUUAUAUAUUAUAUUAUACUUUUUUUGGUUCUGACACUAACUGGUGUAGUUGUAGUGCGUUGUAGAAUGAUAGUUUGUAGAGCAGCCGACAGACCUGCAAACCCAAAUCCAGGUUCCAGUGCAGGGACAAGAGAAAGAGGCAGUCGCAGAUAAAACUUCGGGUGGGUCGUCCUCAUCUUCUGCGCCGCUGAAAGAUGGCUCAGAUCAACAAGUGGCAUUUACUUCGCCCAUAAAGAAUGACAAUCUCGCGACGAGUACCUCCACAACAUCAGUACAACAGCCUGCCAAGAGCAUCCAUGACGAAGCAUCAGCUGGUGGUGUAGUUGCUGAUAAAACGCAGUUGGAACCAAGUUCGAAACAGAGGAAAAUUGAGAAGGACUUUGGAAUUAGACCUCCAACGACCGACCACAAACCCGCGAGCUCGCAAGGCACACAAGUUUCACAGAGCGCCAAAGGAAAAAAAGGAAAAGGUAAGAAAGGUAAAGCGGGGAAAAGUAAGCCGUCGAAGUCUUCGCAAAAGCCAACUACUUCAUCUGACAACAAAGGGGCAUCGCUGCAACCCUCUGGAACGCAACUACUUAAUUUCGAUGAUUCUGACGAUGAAGGAUGAUUCACACGCAAAACUGCGACAAGUAGCCCUCCUUGAUACCCCCUCACUCUUCUGGUUGGAAUGUCUGAUUUUUUAUUUUUGCCUUGUCCUGAUUAAAGUAGAAACAUACUGAAAUCACACUGGAGAUCGCAUCCUGAAUGACUUACUCUCA